CUAUGCAAAGCGAACCACAAAACGAUAACGUCAAACAAUCGGAACUUCUAACUCAUGAACAAAAUAAACAGCUGUAACAACUAUGAACAUGUAAACAACAAAGAUCGGGCCCCGGUUCCGGACCCAGCGUACCCACCCUACCAUGAGACGAUCACCUACACUCGUCUCCCUCAUUUUGCCAUUAGAUGGCCAUCAGCCUGUGCCGGCUGUUAUGCCAACUCUUCCCAUCAAAGAAAAUUUAGCCGGACAUUUCUCUCUUCAGAUACGGCAUAUAAUUGGUUGCAUUUCUUAUCGUUAUUAUCAUUUAAUCUUAUUUCUUAUUCCCCUGCGGGUUAUCUUCAAGCUGUUAUUUAUAAUUUCGUACUCGCGAACAUUUCUGGCAAUUUAAACCAGAAUACAUUUUUUUUGUUGGCGACCUUCAUACAAUACCUGAGACCAAACAAAAACGGGCAGAAGUUAUUGCCAGUCAACAAAGGAAAGAAAAAUAAGGGGAGAAAUAUAAACACAGACGCAAUAAUCUUUGGACCCUUUCCUUCCCGGCUCGUACUUUCGGAAAUUUACUUAAUUUAAACUAGUCGUGACUAUUUUUAUGUAUUUAAUAACAAAAAAAAAAAAAGGCGGUUCUCUUUCAGAACAAUGGGAAGUCCGCGUCUGACUCUGCCUCUUCGGCGUAUGAGACCCGUCCGUGAUGGCUCGUCUCUCCAUCGUGUGAUUUACGCCGACACUUGGCCGCGCUUUGAAAAUCCGGCCCGAGAAUACCUGGCUUGAUCUGGCCAGCGUGGAAUUCAAACGUGGUGUGCCACCGAAUGGCUGCGGCUGCUCUAAUAGAGUAUCGCUUUUAUAGUGGUUUUAAAUAAUGACAGUGUGUUCCUGGUGUAUUAUUGUUUCGUGUAUUAUCGCUCUUGUGCACUAUUAAUUUUGCAAUAAGUUAGCAGAUAAGGAAUUAUCUUGCCAAUUAAAUAAUAAAGAAAGCCCGUCAUGAACAAAUGUA